AUGGCGUCUCAAGCGGCAGCCAAGGCUGCCGGCGGCGUGAUGAACAUCGCAACGAAACAAACCCUUCAAUCGACCGGACUCUGGGAGAAGCUCCGCAGAUCUCUCGCAAUCGACCCGAACCGCUCCAACGGCGUGCCGUUGAACCCGCAUUUCCGCUACCCGGCCCCGGGCUCCAACGACCCGACGGCCUACGACGACCCCGUCACGCUGCCUGCCGGUGACAUCGCCGACAACCCAUACUGGAAGCGUGACCACCGCCGCAACUACCCUGCCCUGUCGGUCGUCAAGCAGGCCGACACCGUCGCGCUCCUGACCGUAGGCAACGCGGCCGCCCCCAAGGCCGAGCUUAUAGGCGAGGCCGGCGAGAAGGCUCUCGUCCAGGCCAAGGAGGCUGGCAACAGCGGGCUAGCUGCUUUCUUUGAGAAGAACGGUAAGGGCGCCGCAUUGGAUGUGUUCGUCAACGGUCUGCCUCCAACCCCGGCCGGUGAGAGUCUGGUCAGUGGCAAGUGGGAUGUGCACAAGUACGAGGUCUCUGAGCCGUCAUAUUCUGAAGAGUACACAUCGAGAUCUUUCAAGUGA